UUCCCUUCCUGUCCUUUAUACUCAAAUAAAAGUGGGAAGACAUCUUUUCAAUGUGAGGAACAUCUCCUAUUAGAUAGUUUUCAUGGGAACAAGUGUCCCAAUUGGAACACCCCCCACUAUUCCUGUUCUGGGGCAACUCAAAACUUUGGAUUUACCCUAACGUCCAAACAGGGAUGGACUGACAACUCAUGAGGCCCCCGGGCAAUAGGGGAUCAUGGGGCCCCUGUGUCCCCGCCCACAAUCAAACCACACCCAAAAAAGCCUAUGAAAAGGUACCAGGGGCAUCUCAUGGGGCCCCCUACUGACCCAGGGCCCUUGGGCAGUGCCUGAGUUCCCAAAUGGUCAGACCGCCCCUGC